GGUUCCUGCCGUACCAGUCACGUGACGGUCAACUAUGGCUUCUCUCUCGUAGUGAUAGAGGCUCAUCGUUGACAACAAAACAAAACUGUAACUUUACACAUUUCUUUUUCCCCCUGACACAAGUUGGACUUACGAUGCAGAAGAUCAAGUCUCUUAUGGCCCGACAGGGCCUGAAAAGCCCCCAGGAAAGCAUGGCAGACCUCAGUCCUGUGGAGAACCUGAGGAUCCCCAGCAAGGAGGAGUUGCGGGAGCUGAGGGAGCAGCCCAUCGACCCCCAGGCGGAGCAGGAGAUGAUCGACAGCAUCGAGGAGCUGUACUAUUCCAAUGACUCCUUCGACAUGGUGCAGCACGAACUGGAGAAACUACCCCCUGAGCUAAACCUGCAGGAGCUGGAGGAGUACAGAGACACGCUGAAGAGACAACAGGCAGCAGUAUCUAAAAAGGUUGCCGAUCUCAUUCUGGAGAAACAGCCGGCUUAUGUCAAGGAACUGGAGCGAGUGACAGCGUUGCAGACCAACCUGCAGCUGGCAGCGGUCAUUUGCACUAAUGCAAGGAGGCAACUGAGCGCGUCGAAGGAAGAAUUCACAGAAGCCAGCUUGGGUCUUUUGGCCAAUCAGAGGAGGCGGCAACUGCUGACAGGGCUGCUGAAGUCCCUGAGGACCAUCAAGACGCUGCAAAGAACAGACGUGAGACUCAGCGAGAUGCUUGAGGAGGAAGACUAUCCAGGUGCGAUCCAGCUCUGUCUGGAAUGUCAAAAGGCUGCCAGCACCUUCAAACACUACAGCUGCAUCAGCGAAUUGAAUUCCAAACUACAAGACACUCUCGAACAAAUAGAGGAGCAGCUUGACGUCGCCCUGUCGAAGACUUGUAAGAACUUUGAUGUUGCGCACUACACCAAGGUCCAGCUGGCCUACACUCUCCUGGGAAAGACACAGACUGCUAUGGACCAGCUGCACAUGCACUUCACCCAGGCCAUCCACAACACAGUGUUCCAGGUGGUGCUGGGAUACGUGGAACUGUGUGCCGGCAACGCUGAUACCAAGUUCCAGAAGAUGCAGUACAAAGACCUUUGCACGCACAUCACCAUGGACAGCUACAUUCCCUGCCUGACGGAUCUCUGCAAGGCAUUGUGGGAGGUGAUGGUGAGCUACCACCGCACCAUGCAGUGGCACGAGGAGCAUGACAAACAGGACACCUCACUCACUCCAGGUGACGCAGCAGCAGCAGCAGCAGCAGAGUCUGAUGAGUCGGUAGUGGACCGCAGCUAUGUGAAGAAGAAGCUGGAGCAUGGACUGACACGGAUCUGGCAGGACGUCCAGUUGAAAGUGAAGGCCUACAUCUUGGGGACGGACAUGUCUAACUUUAAAUACGAUGAUUUCAUCGUGGUACUUGAUGUCAUCAGCAGGUUGAUGCAGGUGGGGGAGGAGUUCUGCAGCAGUAAGUCGGAGGUCCUGCAGGAGUCUAUCAAACGCCAGAGUGUCAACUACUUUAAAAAUUAUCACAGGGCACGACUGGAAGAGCUGAGGAUGUUUCUGGAAAAUGAGACGUGGGAACUUUGCCCAGUCAAAUCUAACUUUAACAUCUCCCAGCUCCAUGAGUUUAAGUUCAUGGGCCAGUGUCGUUCUCCAUCCGUUUCCCCGAGCAGACAGGCCGUGUCCUCCACCAGCCCGGCGCAGGAGGAGCUGUCUCUGUUUCAGCAGUUUCUUCAGGAGGGAAACCCCUUUGAGUUGCCCACUGAAAAAGAAGAGGAGACAGAGGAUGUCCUGGCAUCCAACGGGUACGAGUCAGACGAGCUGGAGAAGAAUGUGUAUCAAGACUACGACAGUGACAGUGACGUCCCGGAGGAGCUCAAGCAAGACUACGUUGACGAGCAGACGGGCGAUGCCCCCCUCAAGAGUGUGUCCAGAGAGACCAUAAGAAGCAAGAAAAAGUCAGACUACAACCUUAAUAAGGCCAACGCGCCAAUCCUCACAAACACCACCCUCAACGUCAUCCGGCUUGUCGGGAAGUAUAUGCAGAUGAUGAACAUUCUGAAGCCGAUUGCCUUCGAUGUGAUCCACUGUGUGUCGCAGCUAUUCGACUACUACCUGUAUGCUGUUUACACCUUCUUCGGACGGAAUGACAUGCCUGUCCCAAGCCCGUCUUUGCCAACUCAUAUAGGCAGAGACGCGGGCCCCGCCAGGGUGGUGGGCCCUGCUUGUUUGUAUGAGUCAUCGGGUCUGGGCCUUAUCAGCAGCAGACUGAGAACCACACUGAACCGGAUCCAGGAGAGCCUCAUUGACAUGGAGGCAGUGGGGGAGACUGCGGGAGUCCAUGGAGCAGCGGAGGACAGAAAGGAAAAGGUGCCGAGCCCCCAUCUCAGCCAAAUGGUGGUCCUCACCAACAGUGGGACUCUUUAUGGGCUCGCACAGAGAGUGGUGGCCACCGAGUCUCUUGUGUUUCUGGCUGAACAGUUUGAAUCCCUUCAGUUCCACCUGGACACGAUGAUGCCGGCAGCCAAGAAGCCCUUCCUGCAACAGUUUUAUUCCCAGACCGUGUCUACAGCCAGUGAACUUCGGAAACCAAUUUACUGGAUUGUUGCGGCUAAGGCCAUCGACUACGAGCAAAUGUUGCUCUUGAUGGCCGGAGUUAAAUGGGACAUUAGGGAGAUAAUGUCCCAGCAUAAUGUAUAUGUGGACGUCCUGUUGAAGGAGUUCGAGCAGUUCAACAAGCGUCUGGAGGAUGUUUCCAGACACGUGCGCAUCCCGCUGCCUGUGUCCAACGUCCUGUGGGAGCACUGCAUCCGUCUGGCCAACAGGACUCUCGUAGAGGGCUACGCUAAUGUGAAGAAAUGCAGCAAUGAGGGCCGGGCCCUGAUGCAGCUCGACUUCCAGCAGUUCCUCAUGAAGCUGGAGAAGCUGACCGACCUGCGACCCAUUCCUGAUAAAGAAUUCGUUGAGACCUACAUCAAGGCCUACUACCUGACGGAGAACGACAUGGAGCAGUUUAUCAAGAAUCACCGGGAGUACUCCAUGAAGCAGCUGGCCAACUUGGUAAACGUUUGUCUGGGCUCUCACAUAAACAAGAAGGCUCGUCAGAAACUGCUGGCCGCCAUCGAUGACAUUGACAGACCCAAGAGAUAGGAUGAUGAACGUAGCAGACCCUGAACCUAUCAUCCAGCAACGGAGACGGACCCUCCCAACAGAGGAACUCCCACAGUGGAGCGCAGUGCAGAAUGUCUUCAUUUUCACUUUAUAGCGUACAUGUUGUUGUGUUCGCUCUGCACAGCACACACAGACGUAGAGCUACUGUAGGCAGAGAUGUAACGCUCAAAUGUUAGCCACAUGCUAAUAUCUGCUAUUGUGGUAAAAAGUAAAACUUGAUGUCACUCAUGAAAUUCUGAUGUACAUUAAUACUAACACACUCAAGCAUGCAGUUACUCCAUGCUUACAGUAGAUGCAUGCCCCCAUCACGUCUUCAUUUAACAAACAUGCUGCUUUGGAAGUUUUCCUGCAAAUUGUCUGCAACAACAACCAUUUUAACCUCUGUAACGACCAUAAGGAACAGAUACAUUACCGCAAAUACAAGAUCUAUCAGUGUGAUGUGACCAUUUGGCUGUUCAUGGCAUUCCAUCUGUUUACCAUAAUGUGCUCGAUUCAACUCUAACCUUGAGAUAAGAGCUGAUUUAAUUGGUUUGUCGCAAAAAUGUCGUAGUCAUUUGGUCCUAAUGACAGAUCCAUGAAGUGUAAGGCACUUUCACUUUUUACUUUGUCACUUGGUUGAUGGAUGUUCAAAAGACCUGGGUUAUUUUCCACUUUAAUCAUUCAUUAUAUAAGUUAUUCCCUCCUUAAUGUCCUGUACUUUUGUUUUUCAGGGUAUUUGUUGUGCCUGAAUAGAUGCUCUGCUUCUUUUGUCAAUGAAUUACAUAAAUCUAAUAUAAUGAAGGUUCUGAAAAUAAUAUAAAUUGCUGUAGUUAGCAUUAACAUAGCGUAAAUCUGCACUAGCUCUAGUUUGCCAUUUGUCAAAUCUGAAGAGUUUUCAAAGUCUUUGUUUCAGAGAUUAUCUUGAAUUUCAGUCUCCGGCCUUCUUCCUGUGUAAGUUUGAUCAGUCGGGUACUACUGAUGUGAUUUCUCAUGUGUUAGUAGAUGAACUGUAUCAACUAUGAGAGCUUUUCUGUAAGGCUCCCCCGCUCUGGUCCUCUCCUUUAGUUUAACUUGACCAGACCUGCUGAGUGGGCAGAUUGAUUUGCUGUCUAAAGAUAUGGCUUCGAAUUUGGUGUGCAACUAUUUCAAGAAGAAAACUGUAAAUGUGAAUGUUUUGAACAUUGUAUUUAUUUCCCGCUUUGUGUCUGGUAUGGGUUUUUAUAUGAUAACUGGACGUGUGCUUGUCAUUUAUCACCGCUCAGUAUCUUGUAACUUAUCAACUGAAGCUAACGCAAAUAUUUAAACAUUGUCAAAUCAAGUGCACUAUAGUGAAAAUCAGUAAUCGGUGUUGGAACUGUCGUAAUAAACACACUAACAAUGGA